AUGGCUAAAAUUCUGUGUGCAUUUCUCCUCAUCCUUGCCAUGGCUUCUGUGACUCGAGUUGCUUAUGCUGGGGGAGAGGGAUCACUUACGCUCGAACAAUGCCCGAAUGCAUGCAACUAUCGUUGUUCGGCGACUCAAUACAAGAAGGCGUGCCUGUACUUCUGCAACUAUUGCUGUGCGAAAUGUUUGUGUGUGCCAUCAGGAACCUAUGGCCACAAAGAAGAGUGUCCAUGCUACAACAACUUGAGAACCAAGAAAGGAGGACCCAAGUGCCCCUAA